AUGAGAUUCUAUUCUCUUCUUCCCAUUCUUUUCUUCUUUGUGACUAUACUAGCAAAAGGAAAAACUGGCGUUAUCCCAGGAGAGAAGCAGUGUAUUUUCUUGAAAGGAAUGUGCAAACUCAUAGCAUGCACAUCCACAGAAGAUACCAUCGGUGUAUGUAAUUAUGAAAAAAAAUGUUGUAGGAAGUGGUGGAUUUUUGAUCCCUAUCCAACACCAAUUCCCAAAGGAAAAUCUCCUUAG